AUGGCGCAAGUGGCUGCGUUGUAUAACCCGCCUGGAGGUCGCGGCAUUGGACCCUCAUCUAUUGCAGAUCCCCUAUACAAUUCCUUCGCGCAGCCACAUGUAAACGGUACAGGACCGAGCAACGCCGUCGAAUGUGACGGCCACGGGACAGGCAGCUAUUGGACGUGUAUGGAGUCGCUUAUAGCUAGUGGCCGUUUUGCUGCUGGACUGUGUCAGACAUUAUCCGGCCAAGCCGUGGUGUGGGGAACCUCAACCUCACACGGUAUAGCAAGUCACACCACCACAAUUACCACCACUGACCUCGCCACAACGACUUUUGUUCCUCCAAGAGAUCUUUGGAUCGAAACUGCCUUGGCUAUCAGCCACAAUGACGAGCAUCUCAUCUUGCAAUGGACCUGCAUAUCGUGGAACCAAACACCUGGGACAGAUGUGGAUCUGACGUAA